GAUGUCCGUGGGAGCGCGCGGGUUUUCGCAGGCUGAUGCCCGGAGCAUGGACCCUCUCUACAAUACCACCGACUGUAACGCCGCGAACGGGACGAACGUCUCCGUGAACUGCAGCGACGGCUUCAACCAGUUCAUCCAGCCGGUGUGGCAGAUCACACUGUGGGCUGUCGCUUACUGCAGCAUCGUGGCGGUGUCAGUUGUCGGAAACGUGGUGGUCAUCUGGAUUAUUCUGGCGCAUAAACGCAUGAGGACCGUCACCAAUUACUUUCUGGUGAAUCUGGCUGUUGCUGAGGCGUCCAUGUCGGCAUUCAACACAGUGAUCAACUUUGUCUAUGCCGUUCACAACGAGUGGUACUUUGGUUUGGUUUACUGCCGUUUCCACAAUUUCUUCCCCAUCGCAGCCAUAUUUGCAAGCAUUUACUCCAUGACAGCCAUUGCGCUGGACAGAUACAUGGCUAUUAUCCACCCACUGCAGCAGAGGCUGUCCUCCACGCAGACCCGGGUGGUGAUCACUGUGAUCUGGAUGCUGGCUCUGCUGCUGGCCUUCCCUCAGUACCACUUUUCGUCCACAGCCCUGCUGCCUGGACGCACGGUCUGCUACAUCGACUGGCCCGAAAACACUACUGUGGACUUCAAGAAAAUCUACUACGUGUGUGUGGCACUGCUGAUCUACUUCUUGCCGCUUUGCAUCAUGGGAUGGGCGUACACGACGGUGGGUGUCACCCUCUGGGCGAGUGCGAUUCCCGGAGAUUCGUCUGAACACUACAAAGAGCAGCUUAUCGCCAAACGCAAGGUGGUGAAGAUGAUGAUCGUGGUGGUGUGUACGUUCGCUGUCUGCUGGCUGCCCUAUCACAUCUACUUCCUGCUGCACCAGUUCUUCCCCGAGCUGUUUGAGCAGCGCUACAUCCAGCAGGUGUACCUGGCCAUCAUGUGGCUGGCCAUGAGCUCCACCAUGUACAACCCCAUCAUCUACUACUGCCUCAACAGCAGGUUCAGAGCAGGUUUCCAGCAGGUGUUUUGUUGCUGUGCUCCAACUGCCGCCAAAGAGGAGCUGGAGCUCAAAUCACCCCGAUACCUGCAGACACAGGUGAGCAUAUAUCGAGCCACUCGGAUAGAGACCGCCGUUUUCCCGGCCGUCCAUCCUGCAACAUCUGAGCAAACUGAAGCAGAGCUGCCAUCCGUCGCCGAUCACAGCCAGCCUCAUGUGGAGGUCAUAUCCAACGGCACAGGCUCAGAGACGCUUUCCAAGAGCCCUCACAGUACCUCACAGUAG